AUGACAGCUAAGCUGUUUUGGUAGGAAAGUAGGUUCAAAGGAUCCUCAAACGAUCACUAAGCAUUAACUAAUUAAAAAUAAUAUUAAAUAGGUUUAUAUAAGAUGUAGUUUUUAAUUCAUUUUCUAUUAAAUGUUGUUUAAUGCGUUAAGCAUCUCUAUCUUAUCUUUGGAAUCAACUGGCUUUUCUUCAUUUUUAUAAUAAUAAUAAUAAUAAUAAUUAUAUUGUUUUAUGAUUCCUUAUUUGAAGAUUAUAUUUCUGGGAAUGACGAUAUUUUCGUUAUUUCUUUAACAGAUUUCACAUUUUUGAAGAAGUAGUAGUCUUUCUCACUUGUCAGUCGAUAGCAACUAGAAAUCGCAUUAAUUAUCUUUCCUAUCAAAAGAAUUUUCACCGCCAUCAUUUUUUUCAUAUUAAUUUAGAUGGAUAAAAAUUUAACAUUAAAAGUUACUUGUUUUAGACAACUUAGGUUAUAAGUUGAGAAUAGCUUUCUGUAUUUAAUUCUAUUUUGUAAAUAGAAGUGGCAUUUUGACUUUAAACGACUGUAUAAUUCCAUUCUAAAUGUUAAUUUUAUAGAAAAAAUCUUUAUAAUGUUAUCCAUUUGCUUGCUUUUUUUUAUUCUAAAUCUUCUUGUCUGUGUUUUGGUUCAACAAAAGACUACACUUUAUUUUAAUUUAAUUAGCAAUAAUUUUAGAUUGAUAAAAAAAUUUUUGGAAGAGGAGAAGAUGAAAGAGGUGAUUUAGAAAAUGGAGAAAGAGAUUAAUUGUGUAGGGUUAUGUCAUUGA